AUGGUGACUGACGUCCAUCUGGCAAUUCUUUCUAAUGCUCUGGGAGUAGUUCUCUUCCUGCUUGUCGUAUUGUUUCAUUACAUAAAUGCAAAUUAUUCUAGACAGUAA